CUAACAUGCACACAGUUGCUCAGGUUAAGAUGCAGGCGAGCACACGUGUGCUGGUUUGUGAGCAGGGGGGUUUCUUGACAUGUUUGACUCAUUAACUUAACUCUAUUGAUCUGAUGGUGGACUUUGGACCUGGAGGGAAGGAGAGGCAGCACGAGAAGAAGAGAAGAGAACAGAAAGACAACUCCUUGACAAGAAGGAUAUGAAGAAUGGGAUAGAAUAAGCAAAGGACAAACACUUCUAGUUGAGGAGAUGGACUGAUGUGAGCCAGAGAGACAGAGAGGACCAAUAUUGUGAUUGGACAUGGGCAGAGAGCGACCAUCCCUGGGACUGCUGCUGCGUUUGGCUGUUUUGCUCACUGCUGUGUGCGUGUGCGUUCAUGUUAUCCUGGAGACAGGUUGGCCUGGAACAUCUGAACCCCGAGGACAUCCCUCAGCUGCGGGACGUCCCAUCCCGUCUGAUCAGAACCUGGGCCAACAAAGCAGAACCAAGCGGGUGUCUGCAGAAGUAGAGGAGCAGGACAGGAGCGUCAAAAGGAGAAUCUCAUACGUUCGGACGCUGAAGAAGGAGAGUCCGACUAAGAAGAGGGACGAGGAUGGAGAGGCCCCCUCAGGUCCAUGCUGCCCUCCUGUUAGCCUACACAGAAAGAGUCCUCGGUGGCACAUAGAGCUGGAGCCAUGGGCCAGUGAGAGUCACUCUCUGGAGGAAGAAGCCAAAAGGUUCCUCAGCUACAUCACAACACCACAAGUGGUUUGUUCAUCGCUGGCUCGUGAAGAAGCUGCUGAGGGGUCAAAGGGUGCCUGGGCUGUGUGCCUAGACCCGAAGUACAGCCUGACCCACAGGAUACAAAGCAAACACUGCAGGAUCUACUCUUUUGGGUUGGGGGAGGAUGACCGGACCCUGGAGCACUCCCUCGCCAGCUCGGGGUGUGAGGUCCACUGCUUCGAUCCCGGGCUGAAGCAGCCUCACCUGCAGCAGGCCGACAUGUGGCUCCAUCGGCUCUCCGUGGACUGGAGGGAUCCCAACCCGGGCGUCGUGGCCCAACGUCAGUACGCCAGCACGAAGAAACUGGCCACCAUCCUGAACGACUUCGGACACAGACAGGUGGACGUGCUUAAAGCGGACAUGGAGAGCGCAGAGUGGAAGAUCUUGGAGAACAUGAUUCUGGAGGGAGUUCUGGACUCAGUGGGUCAGAUGCUGCUGGAGGUUCACCUGCACUGGGCUGGUUUCGAGGUGGGCGGCGACGACCCAUCAGUGGUGCGGUACUGGUUCAGCCUGCUCAAAGAGCUGGAACGUGCCGAGUUUCGCCUCUUCCAUGUGUACAGUGACCCGGCCAAGCCACACCUCUUCCUGCAUAAGAACAUCCUCAACGCCAGCAGUGUUUACACGCUGAGCUGGGUGAACACGCAGUGGAAGCCUUGAAGGACGCCAGACUGACAGAAACAAAUAGAAAAAUUGCAGAAAUGGCCUCUGGAUUUGUGUAAGAUGGAAUUUUUCAGCGUGAGCACGAAUUCUUGCUGUAGCACACCUGCUCUCAUCUGGCUUGACCUUUUCGUAAAGCUAAAAUCGCUGCUCCCACUUAUCCUCCCGCUCUCCUGGCCUGUAAUGACCUCAGUCAUGUAGAGGGGCAGAGUAAUUGCCUGCAGAGGCUUCUCUGUGUUCUACCUCAUAGUGGCUGUGUUGUUGGCUGCAGGUCAGCCUCUGAGUCACACUCACCCAUGGCAGUGUGGUCCUGCCUGUUACUAGCCAACCUUUUCACAGACCCAAGAGACAGCAGCCGCAGAACAGUCGAUUAAUUCAUACACUUUACGUCAAAGGAGGAAGGAAGAUGGGAUCUGCUCUGGAGGCAGAAGAUAAGUGUCUGGAACACGGAACAUGACAAUAUUAUGAAUAACUGCAUUAUGAAAGUCUCACGUUCACAGCGUGUGUAUUGGAUAUUUCAAUGAGGAUGUGUGACUGAGAUUGAAAACGCUUCAAUCCCCAUUUUCCUUCCAAAUCAAAGAUUCAGGUAUUUUUUCUUCUUCUGAUAUUUGAUUGGCCUUUACCACAAAAUCAAAAAUGUAGUAAAAAAAUUGAACACUAAACAAAAAUCAAAAACUUACACAACUUGCCAAAUACUUUGAUAUAACUUAAUAAAACAAGGAAACAAUGAAUCGUUUGGUUUUUCUUUUCAUUAUUUGUGCUAAACUAUAUUACUAUAUAUGUUUCAAAUGUUUUAAUAUGCAAGAAUUUCUUCAUUAAAAUGCCUAAAAACAACUAGACCUAUAUAUUUUGUUGACUUGUGCAAUUGCAUUAUCCAAAAUGUUCCAAUGUUAAAACCCAGAGAAAACCUCAAUUGUAGUCAAGGUAACAGCUUGUUAAUUUUGGUCGCCUUUUUACUGUCAUAUUUGAUCGCAGUAUUAUUUAUUGCUAUAUAUUAUUUAUCUGUUGAAUGAUGUGAAUAAAACUUAAAAUAAAUAAUUUUUUAAAACAUUAA